AAGGGAAUUGUUAUUAAUUUGUAAUCUCUGUGUGUGUGUGUGGCGUUUGAAUGCGAUCGCUGCAUUGCUUGUGAAUGUUAAUCAUCUUCAUAAUUUAACCAUUUAUUUAUUUUAUAUAUAUAUAUUUUAAAGUGGUAAAUAAAACCACGCAGGCACAACAUCCCUCGUGUCCUGGCGGGCCCCGGGCCCAAGCGCAAGCCCAGGGCCUGCCUUGCCUGAUUUCGCUGCCGGAAAAAAUCCCUCGACUCCCGGCGGGCACGGUGGGCCCGUGCCAGGGCCUGCCUUGCCUGAUUUCGCUGCCGGAACACAUCCCUCGUAUCCCGGCGGGCACGGUGGGCCCGCGCUAGGGCCUGCCUUGCCUGAUUUCGCUGCCGGAACACAUCCCUCGUAUCCCGGCGGGCACGGUGGGCCCGCACCAGGGCCUGCCUUGCCUGAUUUCGCUGCCGGAAAAAAUCCCUCGACUCCCGGCGGGCACGGUGGGCCCGUGCCAGGGCCUGCCUUGCCUGAUUUCGCUGCCGGAACAAAUCCCUCGUAUCCCGGCGGGCACGGUGGGCCCGCGCCAGGGCCUGCCUUGCCUGAUUUCGCUGCCGGAGAUCUCGCGCGCCUCGCCGGGCGACGGAGUCCGCCGGGUGAGGCCGAGAUGGCUUCUUGGAUUGACUUUGCAUCCAUCAAACAAGAGCGUGAAGACAAUACGAGUCUUGGGACCUGGCCGGAUUUGGUGAUGAAAAGCGCAGACAUUGAUGGCGCUGAACUUCUGAAGAAUGUGAAGAUUGAGGGAGCCAGUGAGAGGCCAGAGGAGGUGGAAGAUUCCCAUGGAUUCCUGCCCACUGCAGGCCGGAACUUCAUCAAAGUGGAAUUGGACGAGGAGGACCUUGGGAAAGGCCUGGAUUUUAAUCGCUUCAAAUUUGAGGGAAGAGCUAAUGAGAGACCGGCGGUGACGGGGAGUUCCCGUGGGUGCCCGGCCACUGCAGACCAGAACUUUGUCGAGGUGGAGUUGGAUGAGGAGGAUGUUGGCAAAGGCCUGGAUUUUAAUCGCUUCAAAUUUGAGGGAAGAGCCAAUGAGAGACCGGCGGUGACGGGGAGUUCCCGUGGGUGCCCGGCCACUGCAGACCAAAACUUUGUCGAGGUGGAGUUGGAUGAGGAAGACGUUGGCCAAGGCGAAGCAACCCCAGCGGACCUGCUGUGCACCGAGUGCGGGGACGAUGACGGCGUCGGCAGACCGAUCCGAACGAAGGUGAAUGAAGCGAAGGGCGUCGGCGGCCAGACCCCGCGAGGCUGUGCGCAGUGCGGCAAGAUUCUUGGCGGCCUCGAGUCUCAUGUGAAGCCGCAUGUGUGCGUCGAGUGCGGGAAGAGGUUCUCAAAGCGGUCGAAUUUAGAGAUACACUCGAGAAGACACACCGGCGAGAAACUGCACGUGUGCCCCGAGUGCGGCAAGAGCUUCACGCAGCAUUCCCACCUGGUGAUGCAUUCGCGAACGCACACCGGCGAGAAGCCGCACGUGUGCAACGAGUGCGGGAAGGGCUUUUCGCAGCGCUCCACCUUGAACAUGCAUUGUAGAACGCACACCGGCGAGAAGCCGCACAUUUGCGUAGAGUGUGGGAAGGGGUUCACGACUCGUACCGAUUUGAAAAAGCAUUCUAGGACGCACACCGGCGAGAAGCCAAACGUCUGCAAGGAGUGCGGUAAGUGCUUUGCGCAGCUCUCCAUUUUAAAGACCCAUUAUAGAAUACACACGGGCGAGAAGCCGUACGUGUGCAAGGAGUGCGGUAAGAGCUUCGCACAGCUCUUCAAUUUGAAGAUGCAUUCCAGGACGCACACCGGCGAGAAGCCGUACAUGUGCAAGGAGUGCGGGAACACUUUUUCGAAGCGUUCCCAUAUGGAGACGCACUCCAGAACUCACACUGGCGAGAAGCCGUACGUAUGCGUGGAGUGCGGGAAGAGGUUUACGCAGCGCUACAAUUUGGAGAUGCACUCCAGAACGCACACAGGCGAGAAGCCGCACGUGUGCAAGGAGUGCGGUAAGGGUUUCGCCACGCAUACCGAUUUGAAUAAGCACUGUAGAAUACACACUGGCGAGAAGCCGCACGUGUGCGGGGAGUGCGGUAAGGGAUUCACAAGGCACACCGAUUUAAAUAAGCAUCGUAGAAUACACACGGGCGAGAAGCCGCACGUGUGCAUGGAGUGUGGGAUGGGAUUUUCACGGCGUUUCCAUUUGGAGAGACACUCACGGACGCACACGGGCGAAAAGCCGUACGUGUGCAAGGAGUGCGGGAAGAGUUUCACGCAGCGCUACAAUUUGGAGAUGCACUCCAGAACGCACACCGGCGAGAAGCCGCACGUGUGCAAAGAGUGCGGCAAGGAGUUUUCAACGCACACCGAUUUAAAUAAGCAUUCUAGAACCCACACUGGCAUAAAGCCACACGUGUGCAUCGAGUGUGGCAAGGGAUUUACAACACUUACUUAUUUAAACAAGCAUGCUAGGACACACUGGUGAUGAGUCGCUCAUAAUAGAGUUGUUUUUUUUGGUAGAUAGCUUAAAUAUAAAUGUGUCGUUAAACCCGCCACCAGCAGACAGUCAAUUAGUAAGGUUUGUCACGUAAACAAAACGUGGCCAAUUCGUUUCUAGUUCAGCACACUGGUGUGUUGCAAAGUAAACCCACAUAACAUUUAUAAUUCGAGUACCAUGACGUUUCGCCAGUAAUUACAACCAGCAUCAUCAGGGAAAGACAUUUAACAUUGCCCUUACAUGAAGGAUAAAAGCACCACAUUUUCAGUUUGGGUCUUUUCAGUGCUUAGAAUAAAAAUGAGGCAAGGAGCCUUCUGAAUGUGUCUUAGUAUCCAAAUUGUGGCCAACAAUCAUUGUGGAAAGAAAGCCCAUGCUAUGUUUGAAGUUAGUCAGUAUGUCCAAACCAGAAAAUAAAUUCUGACAUUCGAUCAGGACAGUUGGCUACGUAUGGUGCAAAAGAAUUUCAACAUACAGAGAUGUGUAAUCUACCAUAAACCGUUUAUAUGUACAGUAAUAUUUUACAGUUUCCUUACGUUUGUAUUUUAAGAGUGGUGCAACACUCACCGUUUCUCAGUCCUUUUUUUCCCCACGGACUCCUUACGUUUUCAAAGCAGCAAGCCAUCUAGGGUUGGCUUUCCUACAUGGUUUAAAACCGUUUCCUUUUGCAGGAACACUUGCUCAGAGCUCUCCUCCACACGCUUAAAACAACCUCGGGAAAAUUUGAAAAUCCAAAUCGGCACCAAACUAUUUAUCUGUUAAUCAAACCAAAACGAAGCUUUCUGAAGAAGGAGACCGUUGCUCCCGAUGUGGUGCUCGUGACCAAAAUUCCAUCGUGGUAGGUGGCGGGGCCUGUCGAGCGUUUUGAAGUAGGAUCCCGAGUGGGUGGGAAUGUGUCCAUGGCUCGAUCCUUCCGACGGAAGAGAUCCACUGCGGCCUCUCACAUAUCAGAUUUGAGAGGGCUUGUGUUGUCAUACGUGAUGGCAAGACAAUCUUUGGAGCUUUUUGGAAGCGACGAGAGAGUGUAAAGUGUUAGCCGUUCAAAGGCGGCGACAGCUGCAUGUGCACAAAUGUCUCUGGAACCUGUCUAACACGUAGUAGUAGGAUGCUUUUGCAACCAAUAGCCAUAAUAGAGUUUUUUUUGGGUUAGAUUGCGUAAAUAUGAAUGCGUCGUGAAACCCGCCAACACCACCUGACAUGACCAAUUCGUAAGAUUUGUUACGUAAACAAAACAUGGCAAUUAGCUACAAGUUCAGUACUAACUGGUUUUGGGUUGCAGAGUAAACCCACAACAUUUACAAUUUGAGUACCUACCAUGAUGUUUCGCCGGUAAUUACAACCAGCCUCAUCAGGCAACAGCCAGGGUUGUUGAGAAAUCCUUCUGGUUCGGUCUUAAAUAUAUGGAGGGAUAAAUGUGAUGUCAUCACUUGUGAGCCAAUCAGGGCGGGUUAAUGUAUUUGAAUAUAUUACAAUGGCUAUCUAUUAUUGGUUUGCUUAUUCACAGUUUAUCAACAUAAUGUGUGUACAUAAUGCAUGUUCUUCGCAUGCCUGCCAGGCUGACCUUUUGCCCUUGCACAUGAAGGGGGAAGCACUUUGAUCCUCUGAUCUUGGUUUGACCUUUCCUUUAGUUUUCUUCCUAAAACCACCAAGUUGAGUUCAUCUGGAUAGCAUCGUGGAUAAUGGUUUGGGUGCAAUUUUCAGUGGCAUUCUGGAAAUCCUGGUACAGAUUUUUUUUGGCCUAAAUCUUCCAGUUUGCGAAGUGACAAGAAAUACAUUUUCCUAAUCUUUCAUUGGUCUGAGAUAGGUUUCUGACUUGGCUUGGAAAGUUCUUUUUUUAGCUGCGUUGUUACCUUUUGUGAUUUGUGCCGUUUAUGGUGAUGUCUGGGUGCACCAUCCUUUUAGCAAUUCUAAUGGGAAGUCACCAUCGACGAUUUAAGAAUUCAUGCUAAAAUAUGUAUUUUUCUUAUGAUUAAUGCAGCUUUAGCGCGAAUAAGAGCAUCUUCGGUAAAGUCUAGUUUAUUCAGGGAUUCUCUCGGUGUGCAUUUCAUUCCCUUGAAAAUGAGGAUUUUCACUGCCAUAAUUUCAUUCCUGAAUCUCUUGGAGAGCAUUCCAGCAGUCUGAUCUUGUUUACGAGUUUCGUGAAGCCCAAGUCUCGGAGGCGAGUCACAUACAGAUAGCUUGAAGAGGAGAAUUCCAGAUUUCACACAUUUUAUCAAUGUAGCUGGUGAGCUGUCAUCAAAUUUGCAUCGAUUCUUGACGGGCCUUUUGUUUAAAUUUCUAUUGAGCCUUCGAUUCCAUUUUCUCAAUUUUAACAGGCAUUUAAAAAACAUAAUUUGAUCUCUUCUGGCAAUUUGAGGUUGAAGCUGAGGGUGUUGUAGUUCUGUGGCCGUGUCUCUCCCAUUUAUUUUUUGUCGGCAUCAAAUAAAGAUAACUCAUUGGAGGUUACCUUCACUUUUUCCUUGUUCACAGAAGAUGCACUCUUGAAUGAAUACACCCAAUGCUUGCUUGGCACCCUUCUCUCAUGAGGUUGAUCUCUUACUUUCCUUUCAGUAGUUUAGAGAAUGAUUGCAUUCUUUUUUUAUGCCAUGAUUGUGUCAGGAUGCACGAUGAGUGGAAUCAUUGCCUGUACUACCUCCCCACCCCAAAAAAAGCCUAAAUUGUUGGCCCAGAGGUAUGCUACGUUUGUUGUCUACUAAACUCGACAGUAUUUAUUAGUCUUGAUUUGAAGCUUUCGUGACUGCCGGAAUCCAUACUCUUUGGUUCUUUCGGUAAAGUCACGUAGAUAUAAAAUAAAAUAAAUCACGACGUUUCGGGCGCAACACAAGCGUCCGUCAUCAUGCUUUCCCAUCCAAGACAAAUGGGUCAGUCAAGACGAAAUGACACGAACCUGAUUGGGAGAAGGGGAAUUGCAUCAUCCUCAACCAGUUAUCGAUGGGUCUAAGUGAGAUUGAGAUCAUGUCUCUGUUCAAAGUUGGAUCCAGCAGAGUUUAGUGGCUCCGAACUUUUGAUCCCGAGAAGAGUCGGGAGCACAACAAAAGCCUUCUCAUGCGUUCAACGAGGUCAGGGUUGAGUUUUUCAAGAAGCAGUGUGAUCAGUGAAACCUGGAAGAUGGAUUUCCUUGUCCCCAUAGGUGAGCCCGGUCAUAUUUCACUGAUGAAGGUUUGACAUGGCUCAAGGUCUACAAAGACUGAGGCCGCAUGGAAGGCAUUGCAAAAUGGCGACUUGUACAUUAAUCCAGUACGUUAACUUCGAGUAUCCCGCGGUUGACCCGAUGAAUGCAAGAUGUCUGUUAUUUGUGCAUACGAUUGAAGUGGAUUCUCAACAACCCAUCCGCAAAUGAGGCUUCGAAGGGUGCAGUCCAGACCAGGCUUGACAUGCAUAUUGGCGCUGCCAGACAUCAGCGUCAAGCAGUAUCGGCAUUCAUAAAGCCCUAUCUCGAAGGGCUUUCUGACAAGCACAGGGACGAUCGGCUCGACUCGUACUGUCUGAUUACAUUAAUGACGAUGUUGACGAAGCAGAUCGAGAACCACAUGAGCCAUUGUCAGUUCUCCUUCUCGCCAAGGACUUUGGCCAAGCAAUUGCCAUUCCAAGUUUUGGCUAUCAUUGACCAGGAUCGGACUGCUUCACUUCGAAUUUCACGUUGCACCUGGACGUGAUGGCGGAUAUCUCUCGGAACGAGCACAAUGUCUUCCUGUACGAUGAGCGAUGUCAGGGCCAGAACGUCGACACGCUGUGCUCACUGCGAAUGGCUUUUCACAUUAAGCAGCGCAAUCGUCACAUUGAGGAAGGCAGGACUCCUCCCGAUACGCUCGUCGCCAUUCGGGACAAAUGUCAUACAGAACAAGAACAACGGCAUGAUCAAGUUGGACUGUUACCUCUCAAUGGCAUUCUAAGCACGUCAUGAUUGUCUGCAUGAUCCCGGGCCACAGCCACAUGACUGUGGACCAUGUUGUUUCCUGGGUGAAGCAAUGCUGAUGGCCCAGAACUUGUACCAUCCUGAUGACAUUAUCUCAUGCAUGAACAUGGUCAGGGGCGCCAAGUGCGUUGAUCAUCGGGAAGCUCGCAGGUCUGUCUUCACCAUUUGGAAGUCUUUUCUCGACAAGUUCAUCGACAAUGUGCUGGCUGGUUUCACCGACAAUUACGUGUUGAAGUUGUAUGAUGGCAAGGUCCAGAUGCAUCACUUGAUCUCGACGCCUAUCGAGGAAACUGUCGAGAUCACUCUUUGCCAGAAUUCAUCCAGAUAUUUUGGGUAAUGAAUGUGGAGCUGUUUGGUAGUGACGUUCUUUCUGUGGGUUUCAAUCCAAUAGACAUUCUCCUACCGCGUGCACCAGCAAUCAGAUUGGAUACAAGCAAGGUGAAAUUCAGAAGUACGACACGAUCCCAGCACUCUACUUGCCGUACUAUCCAUCGGCAGUUCAAGACGACGACAAAGAUGAUGUUCCAGUCCCACCUCAGGCACGUCAGAAAGCUGCUGCUGCUAUUGCUCCAGGCACUCACUCACUUUCUUGGUCAGCCCCAAAAAAUUGCAUGUCCCCCGGACUGAAAUCAAUGGUCAAUAUUGACCCUUAGCGAGUCUCAGUCGGCUGAAUAAACCUUCGAAUUGCGUCAGACUUUUAUGAGGACUGAUGUGUUAUGGUGCACCGGUAUACCGCCAUUACUUCCAUUUGGUGCUAUUAUCCAUACGGUAGUAGUAAUUCUGCAAAGCCACCUGGCUACACAUCCAGAAAUAAAAUUUGGAAGGUGUUCUAAAUGUACACACAAGAAGCCACGUUUGCAACAAAUGGAAUUAGUCUUGAAAAAAAAGAAUAAUUCACAUUUACCAUAACACACUGGCGAGAAGCUACAACACUGCAAGAAGAUUACGCGCAAGAAGAGUAGCUCUUGAUUGUUUCCGUCUCAUAUAGCAUAGAUGGUGGCAUAUGGCAGGCGGGAUAAUGUAGGGGCAGCAUGGGAGUGGGCCUGACAUAAGUCGUCGUGGCAGCGUUUAAACUAUGUUGAGCUGUGCUGCUUCAACAUUGCUGUCAUCAGCAUAGACCUAAGGUUUGGCGGAGGGCACGUCUGCUGUGUAAAAGUUGAGAAGGGCUCUUGCGAGCACCAAUCCCGAUUGGCAGCCAGCCCGUUGUUGAAUGUCCACUUUCGGACGCUGGUCUUGUCACCGAGGUAGAUGGAGAACCUGUGGUUGCUCGUUAAGGUGUAUAUUACUCUUGAGAAUCUUGUGGCAUCAGAUGGUUUUUGAAAGUUUCAGUAGCAUGGAUAGACUUCACACUCUGAGACCCAACAGGAGAUAGUAAAAUCAAACUUUACUUAUGUAGUGUAUGACAACAGAGGCGCACACACUGUUAUAGGAGGCAACGUGUUUAUUAACCCAAUUCACUGUACAUCGGGUUCUGUUGUUACGCGUGGCUUCCUUGAUCUAGGCUGCUCGCUAUGUGUGUGUUAGCUAGCGAACGGGUCUGUAGAACUUCACUAACUGACCACACUUCCCAGCUAAACUACACGCUAACAACGAGCGGUCCAAGCCCAGCUCCCCUUCCUCUUGAUCCCCGAAAACCAGGCCCUGAAUCCCCCUCGCGCUCCCCCUUUAUCCCUUGGCCCCGGCCCCGCUCCUUGCUGUAUCAAGGACGGCGCCCAUUCUUCCGGCCACGUGUCCUUAGCUCCUCUAAUCGGGGGAGCUUCCGGUCACGUGCCCUCAAUUCCUCCAAUCGAGGCACGACACCCAGAGACCUCUGUGUCUCUCCGCAUAUAGCACAAUUCGUGCAAAAAAUGCUAUACAAAGUUAUUUACAGGACAAAAUAAAAGCGAAUGACACAACGUAAAUAACGAUAAGAAUUAUACGUAAAAAAUUACGUAACAUAAAAUAAAAGUAUAAUAAAAAGCAUAAACACUAAGAGCACCCUAAUUAAAAGCCAUUAUAAAAAGGCAUGAUUUUAGAUUUUUUUGAAAACAUUAACUGAUUCUGAUGCCCUCAGAUCCUCGGGCAAGGCCAUUCCAAGGCGAGGGCCAUAGAAGCUAAAGGCCACUUCCUCAUAAGUUUUGGUCCUGGCCUUUGGCACAACCCAGAGACCAGUGCCAGAGGACCUGAGGGAUCUACUAGGUUCAUACCUUAAAAACGUGUCAGACAUUUAGUGACUUAAAAACCAAUAAAAUAAUUUUGAAAUCAAUUCUAAAGCUGACUUUAAAACAGGUAUAAUGAAUGUAUGGCUCUCCUUCUGGUCUUGGUCAGCACUCUUGCUGCAGCAUUCUUAAUGAGCUCAAGUUUACUUAUUGCUUUCUUCGGAAGACCAGACAGGAGAGCAUUGCAGUCUUCGAGCCUGCUAGUGAUAAAAACAUGCACCAGUCAAUAAUGACCUGAGCGAAAGGGCUGCACUUUAGCAAUAUUUAUGAGGUGAUAAAAAUCGAUUUUGGUGACAUUUCGACUUAGGUCUUCGAAGUUCAAAUCUGGAUCUAAACCACACACCUACGUUUUUAACCUGGUGUUUGGCGUUUUGUGGCAGCGAGCUUAAAUUUGCGAGUAGUUUCUCUCUGGGUUUUUGUUGCAAUAACCAGUGCCUCUGUUUUGUCUUUGUUCAGCUGCAGAAAUUCUGUGACAUCCACAUGUUAAUAUCCUCAAUACACAUAAUUAGGUUAUCGAAUUUUUCAAACAUACAGAAUGUCAUAGUGGGUGUGUCAUUUAGUCUUUCUCCAUUUCUGUUCAGUCUUUCUACAGUUUCUCUUAAGGUUAAGGAUAUCCUAAUUUCUCUAUUGAGGUUUGUUUUUGGCUAUAAUCGUAUUUAGUUUGGCUGGUGCUGUAGCAUCAAUGAUAGCCUUAAAUUUGGUAUUGAUGUUACUAACUAAAUCAUCAUAGAAAGGUAGAAUAGGUGGGGGUGUAUCAUUAAUACAUUUAAUGAAAUUUUCAACUACUUCAGAAGACAAUAUUUCUUAACGACAUGCACAAUAUUACACCAUGUCGUGGACACCAAUGCAGAGAAAAAUAAGAGUAAUGGUCUGAAAGAGCCACAUCAAUAAUGGAGGAUAAUUCAAUUAUUAGACCCCAGGUAAUAACUAGAUUCAGUGUAUGGCCAUGAUUGUGAGUCGGCCCACUAACAUGUUGAAUAAAAUCCAUGGAUAUCAAAAGCUUCAUGAACUCCUGGGCUUUGGAGUUGGCCACAUUAUCUACUUGCAGAUUGAAAUCACCUAAAAUGAUGUUAUCUAGUUUGUACUCACAAUCGACAGCAAUUCUUAAAAUGAAUCUAACAAAGCGGGGCAUUUAGGAGGUCUAUUUGGGGUUAUAACAAGCACAAGGGAAUGACAUUUUAAUAAAAUAGCGUGAUGUUCAAAAAAGCAGAAUUCACCAAUACAGAUCUCCCUGUAAUGGAGAGUGUUAGCAAAAAUUGCAGCUGUACUUUUGAACUGUACCUUUUUUACCCUGUAGCAUGUGGGGGAAGCUUUAAUCAGCACAGUGGGCCCAUCAUUAUUUAACCAGGUUUCUGUUAAAAGCAUGCAAUCUAGCUUACGUUCCGUAAUGAGGUAAUUUAUGACGAAUUAUUUUUUGCUGAGUGAACAUUCGUGAUCCCUGCCACUUUGCCAUGUGGCUCGAUUUUUUUUUAAGACCGGGGAUUUGGUGGCAUUCAGACAGUCACCUUGUUCUACCAGAGAUGCACAGUUGACCAUUUUUCAGAGUUCUUGGCAGGCCCUCACGAUGACCGUAGUGGCUUGUGAAACAUGCCCACCAUACAUCACCCUGCCAAGCAGCCUCUUACUUUGAUCCAAUUUGCUUUACCAGCAGACAAGGCGAUCUGAGCUGGACUUGGACCUGCCCUUUCGUCCCUCUUCUGUCUGUUAAAUCUGGCAACAGAGGGUGGGGUCAAUCGUACCAGGACCCUCACCGGUUUCACCCAUCUACUGGUGCCCCAACCAGUCGUCCCUCCUUUGCCGAGCACUAUUGACAGAGUGAGGUCAAUCAUACCAGGACCCUCACCCAGGACAUAGGUCAGACACUGUCUAUGACUAUUCAUAGACAGCACUGUUCCCACAGAACAUCCUGAAUACAGGGUGCUUAAAAAUGUUUUAAUGCUUCCGAGAAUUUUUCUUUCCCUUGCAGUUGACUGAAAUGGCAACGAGAUUGACUUUGGAGCAAAGAAGAAAGGUUGCUGCAUGGAUGGACGUCUUUCAGUCACACAGUGGUUCGCAACAAAUAUAGCAAAGUAAUAUAUCCCCAACAAGGGAAAGACUGAACAGAGGCAGGGAAGGAGCCCUCCGAUCCCGUAGGAAAUGCUCGUCCUGACUUGAAUCCCUUUUCAAACAUAUUUGGGCAGUGUCCAGUGGUCCAGAAAUGCACGCCACAAUAAAAUAUGCUACAUCUUGAAGGUAGACGGGGCGGAAAUAGGUUGGUCAAUCUACAAGGAGCCCUGAUAUGGUUGUUCCGAGAGGUAACGCACUCAUUGACGUAACUGUCCGGUUCGAGCUGUUCUCUAGCUCUUUGACUGAAGCCGCAUCUGAGAAAGGUACAUAUUAUUGUUUUCUUCGAGAGCAGGUCAUGGAGCUUUCCAAAACCAAGAGCAUCCAUUUUUAUUGAUUUCCAGUGGGGGAAAGAGGAAAGUGGCCUCUUGGGAAUAAUAAAGUUCUCACCUCCAUUGGAUUAACUGGCUCGCGAAUGACAACUGUGGAAAAGUUAAUUUCUCGCAGAACUCUUCUUUAUUCCCUUGAUAUACAGGGUGCUUUAAAAAAUGUUAACACUUAUGAGACCAUCAUUUUUUAUGACAAAAGAACGGAUUAUAAACUGUAACAUGUUAACAAAUGUAUGUCAAUAACUUCAAAAAGUCAAAGAGUCUCCACUUCAUCGCCAUCAUUGUUAACGCAUGCCUGGAAUCUUCUCCAGGUGGUCUCCAGAGCUCGGAGGCACAUUUCUUGUGGUAUUGUUGCAAUCACAUUUUCAAUUUUCUGUCGGAGGUCUCGCACAUCACGUGGCUUGGUAGCAUAAACACGUUCCAUUACCAUACCCCACAGCCAGAAAUCACAAGGCGUAAGAUCUGGCGAAUGUGCUGGCCAAUUCACAGGCCCUCCUCUGCCAAUCCAUCUCCGCUCAAAUUUUCAGUUAAGAUGAGCGCGAACAUUCGAAGCAAAGUGGAGUGCAGCACCAUCCAACUGAAAGUAUCCGGUAAGCCGUAUUUGUAGUGGCAGGUUGACCUCUGUGUAGUGCCGUAGAUGGGCCACACUUGCCGGCAGUGGUAGGCAGGGCCCAUCUGCAAGGGUACCUCGUACUCCCAGGGGAGGGGCCGCUGUGCCAGCCCAAGAGGGGAAGGGCUGCCGGGGCCUCAGGAUCCCAUACAGCCAAGCCCCUUGGCGCCACCAACGGGGGGCUACGGGGGGAUCUGCGAUCCAACACAACCCCACCCCUCAAUGGGCAAGGGGGAUAAAAGGGCACCUCCCCAGCCGAUCGAGACCAGUCGCAGAUGAAGACCCAAGACCAGCCAGCUUAGGACCCUGGACCCCCUCGCCCCGUUGUCCUUGUAAGGGCCAGUGCGCUGUGCGGGCCAGUGGUGGGACUCUGGGACUCCCGGCCCUUCGUCCUUAUAACGGCGAGGUCCGAGGAAGCCAGAGUCGAGACCCGCACCUUGGCUGGGUCGGGUCAGGUAGCCUAGCCCUAGAGUAAUCAUAGCCGGAGGACCCAAGAGCGUAGCCAGUGUCAGGCAGGCUAAAAGUAGGCUGUGUCCCUAGGCUGUAUUAGUACUGUUGGAGUGGUGCAUUGCAAUAAAGAAGUUGCCUAUGAAAAGUGUCUCCGGAACCCAUUACAUGUGUAAUUCUCCAUCAUGUGCAAGAAGUCACCACCGUUGAUUGUGGUGUUAUCAAAAAAGUAUGGCCCUACCACUCCUGUCCCAGUGACUGCACACCAGACAUUAACCUUGGGACUGUCUAGUUCAUGCUCACGCACAACACGAGGAUUCUCAGUACCCCAGAAGACACAGUUGUGUUUGUUCACGUGUCCGCUUAUGUGAAAGGUUGCCACCUCGCUGAAUGCCACAAGCCUGUGAAUGUCAGGUUCCAAAUUCUUAAUGUCUAAGAAAAUUUUGCAAGCCUCAACACAAGCGACUUUAUUUGCAGGGCUUAAGGCUUGCACAGUCUGCAAAUGAUAUGGCCGCAUUCCCAGGUCCUUGUUCAAGAUUCUCCACACCGUUGCCCGGGGAAGACCACAUUCUGUGCUGAAUCGUCUGUUUGAUUUCCCUGGGCUACGCAAGAAAGCUUCUUGUGUAACAGCUAUGUUUGCAGGGGUUCGGCCUGUUCGUGGUCGACCGCUGUUUCCUUUGUAAUUAUCAGUUGUAAUGCAGCGAUGUAGUAGCAUUCUCUGAAGUCGCAUUGCUGAUUUUGUCCUCUGCAAAGUUCACAAAACCCGUACCUUGGACUGGUCUUUCACACCAUCUUCGCAACUCACGCUGCCUAGAAGAGGUAAACACAUUUAAUGGGGACAUAUGACUGAAUUUUCAUUUCGAAACUCAAUGCUAUAUUAACAGUUCAAUGGGAUAUGGUACAAAAUAUGCCAGCACCGCUUUUGUUGAAAGUCAAGUGCGCCCUCUGUUUUUGUAUUUUAUGUGUUCGUUUUGCACACCAUUACAGAAUAAUAAUCUAUUCAGUUAAUUUGUGACAAAACAGGCAGUCCCCAGGUUAUGGAAUGGUUAGGUUCCCGAGAACGAUCCAUAACCCGAAUUUUCCUUCUGUUGGAAACUGAUCAAUUUUCUCCCAAAAUCAACAAAAAUCCAUAGGCGGAAAUAGUUGUGCCUCCGCUACUGUUUUCUCUCUUUACUGUAUCGCGCUAUCGUCCAUUUUCUAUUGCUCCUGUAUCGUAUUGCUGUACAUAUGCUAUGAUUCUUUCAUUUAAUCGAAUAUCUACCCUAACACUACCCAUUAUUAAACCAAUGAAACAUAUACUGUAUCAAAUUGUUUGUGAAUAUAACGAUUUAGUAUUAAUUGUUAACAGAAAGCAGUCACUUCCGAAUGUUUGUUUACCGUGCAUUAGGUGAGGUCUAGACUUAACAUACGCACACGUCGACAAAUGUGGAGUCGGCUCAUCUGCACACAGUACAUACAGUAAAUAACUCAUGACAUAAACUUAAAAUGAAGAAAACUAACAAUAGAAAAAUGGGAAGAUAGUUUUGAGCAUAGAAAACAAACAAUUACUUAAUUCUACAAGAGGAAAAGAAUUACGUAAUGGUACCAAAAAAUCAAUUUACCUGAAUCUUAGUGAAGCUCAAUUGUUUUUGGGUUAGAUCACGUUAUUUAUAAAUGUGUCGCAAGCCUCCACCACCCAACACGGCCAAUCAGUAAAAAGUGUGUCACGUUGACAAAAGACAAAUAGUUCACCGGUGUGUUGAGUGAAUCCACAAUAUUUACAGUUUUUGAGUACGACGUUUCGCUGGUAAUUGCAUCCAGCAUCAUCGGGCAAUUUUCCAGAAUAGUGAAGACCUACACCUGCUCCCAGUCUUAAAUAGAGCUGCAGGGUAACAUCAUAAUUUAACCCAAUCGUACUCAAAAAUGGUAAAUGUUGUGGAUUCACUAAUACGUGUUAAGCUGAUGGUGGCGUUUUUGUGAAGCAAGGCAUAAGGCGGGGCUUCCUGACGUUUCGCUUUGCGUUAUUCAUCUGCAACCUCACCACCCUGCACUAUUUUCGCUUACGUAACUAAAGCAAACAUUUCCGCAUGUUGAUUUUUUUACAUGAUUCAUGGGGAGGAUUUCCCUAUAUUCGGAUUUCCGUAAGUGUCGGGUCUUCCGCAACUCGGGGACUGCCUGUAGUUUUUUUUAUAGAUAGAAUAGAAAUUGAAAUAAAUAAGCAGAAUCGCGAUUAAUUUUAACUCAGUGCGGUUUCACUUUGAUGACUUUUUCUUGCACUUAUAGUGAAAAUUUGUGAACAACAACCUCUCCCCUUCCAAUCAAUAAAUAGUAACUUGUUAUAAUUCACAUCAAUUCAGACGUUAAUAAGUUCUUGUAACAUAGCGACCUUCUGGUAAAAGCGACCUCCUGCUCACAUUGUUUGCGAAAAUUAGUGAGCACCAACCCUAUCCUUCCGGUUUAAAAAUGGUAAAAAAAUGAUUCACAUCAAUACAGAAUCCAGUAAGUCGAUACUUAGAAUAAUUCAAUCAUUCCUACAACAAUUGCACAUUUGCACAAAUAUAAGUGGAGAACCAGUGUUUAUAUAUUUUUGAUUCACUCUCACAUGGUAAAAAUACACUUAAGGAAUUUCUAAAUAAACUCAAUUCGCAAAGCCCGGCCAUCCAAUUCACCAUGGAAGUGGAUAACACUCUCCCAUUCCUGGAUCUUUUGCUCGGACACUGCUCAAACGGUAAAAUAACACGGAGAGUUUACCGAAAGGAAACGCACACUGACACCUAUCUGAAUGCAGAUCCACAUCAUCACCCCGCGCAGAAAUCCUCUCUUCAUUUCUACGAGAAUUCACUAUCACGAGCAAAGUUAAUUUUAAACCCAUUUUUUUUCUUCCCAAACGAGCAAAAUGUUCACAUGGCGAGCGGAGACCGACCGAUAAUGCCGUCCAGCGGCAGCCCGCAACCGUUUUGUUUACCAGCUGUGCCAUUUCCUUUACCAGCUGUGCUGUGCAGUGUGCCCCAUGUGCUUUGUCUAGUGGGAAAAAAAAACUUUUGUUUGCAUUUCCUUCGCUGCUUAUCGCUCCACCCCCCUCCCCCAUCCACCAUGAAUUCCAAGAGGCCAGCAAGUCGAACGAGUAGCAGUGGUGCUCCAAAAGCAAAGAGGAAGGCCAUUACACUCCAUCUUCGAAACUCACGCUGCCUCCAGUCGCAUGGUAGGGAGCAAAUGGUUUUAUUUUUGAUGCCUUCAAUUUCCACCCCUGUUAACUCAAAUUUUGGCAUGGCAAUUGUGUCUCCUGCCUGUACUCACAUGGUCUGGAAUUCUUCCUUCUCACCUUGAGUGGAUAUUAUUGCGGGUUACUUCGUCCGAGGACUUUGCAACACGGUGCAGCUUCCUCACCUGAACCAAUGGUGGAAUGUUUCGCGAGCAUGGGUUCCUUUUACUGAAAGGUCACAGAGAGGUUCAUCAUCACUACUGCCGUCAUCAUUUGGAGGAGCAGUCUAAUUCAAAUAGACUACUUAAAUGCAUAAGUCCAUCAUAAUCUGCACCACUUUCCUUCCUCAAUGAAGAGUUCUGGAAAGGGAUUGAUUCUCUCAGAGGACCAUCUCACACGACGUUUUGUACAUAAUAGGGAAAGCAACUUCCAAUGCCCCAAGGGCAUCUUCAUUAGUCGUCUGGGUACCAACCAAGACAAGACAGAGAUCACUUAUCUUGAGACUUUCUGUGGGUCUAUUCAUAAUGAGUGGACAUCCGACCCAAGUGCCACUAGCACGUUGUUUAGCCAGGCCUUGUGCCAACUGGCUUGAUACAUUUGAUGCUUUGUUUUGCAUGUUUAUUUGCUUUUUUGCUCAUUAAGGUGUUGAUCAGUCUUGAGAGUCUCGUGGGAUCAGACGGUUUUUGAAAGUUUCAGUAGCAGUUUCUUUUCAGAGAGGGCUUGAGCAGCUUUCUCACUCUACAUUUUGGUUUUCGGCAGCAGUCGGGACCUUUGAGUUGGCUUGGAGGCAGGCCACAGUGGCAUCGGCACUGAUAUUUGGUGUUUCAGGUAGUGAGAGUGGGCAGUGAGUCAUUUUAGACCAGUGGAUGGGUUCCAAGGUUAUCCUUUUGGGAGUUUGAGAAGUCCAGGACGAUGAUUUUUUUUCCGAAACCAACAAAAGUCAGGAAAUCAAGAACUUAAAAAAAAAUCUUGCAUUCACUGCAUGGAAGGCUGUCGCACGACGUUCUUGGCGAUGGCAGCAAUGAAGCUAUUGACACAUAUCAUGCGAGUUCAUAGGUGUCAAGAAGGAAGCAUCUGUCUAACAUAACCAGUAAUCACGAUCUCAGUUGUGACCUUGGGGAGAUCGGGUGUUUACUUUGGUGGCCCCCAAUAUCUGUAACUCCCGAUUAUUGGAGAUCAGGCUCUCGGAGAGUGUUAAUAUAUUUAAAUCCCAACUAAAAAACUCAUUUUUUAAGGAAAAGCUUUCUUUGAAUUUGUUUUGUUCACUCUGGCUCUUAUUCUGCCACGUGGUUCCUUGUUUAUUCUUUUCCCCUUUUCAUGCAACAGAAGUUGUUGCAUAAACCAAUAAUCAUACCAAAAAUAACUCAAAGUGAAUACAACUAAUGUUAAGACACUGAAGUUAGGUCUAUGCAUAACAUUACAAAAAUGUUGCCUAAUUCAUACAUGAUCAUACAUGAUCGUAUGUUCAUGAAGCUUAACACAAAUGGAUAUACCUCAUGGCACCGUAGUCGUGAGGUACAUCAGGCUCUCCGAUCUGACAUUUACAUGCAAAUUUAAUCUCUAGCCCCGCCCACUUACCCUUGGGUUGCACCCAUCUCAAACCUCUAUAACCUCUUGCUGCAGCAGCUCUCCCGCUAUAUUUCUCCUGCCUCAGCAGUUCUGUAUUUUUUCACCUGAAGACGAUUGCUUGUGUUGCGAUCGAAAUGUCGUGAUUUUUAUUAUUAUUAUUUUUCUAAGUGACUUUAGCGAAAGACCCAAAGAUGAAGAACAUUACAUAUUUAAUACAAACACAACUGUCGGCAGUUGCAGAACAUGCUUGCCAACGAUGACAUUUAAUUUAUUUUGAUAACGAGAAUUGUUUUUUCCCCUUUUAUCUAGCAACAAAACUGGUGUUAAGUUCUUAAAACACCAAACUGAAACCUUUUACAACGAAUCAUGUCUGCAUUAAUCACAAUACUUGUGGUUAACAUGCAAACAAAAAAACACUGAUAAUAUAUGCAUUGUCUUUGAAACUGAUUAGUCCACACCAGAGAUAGCUUUCUGUUGAGCCUCACCUCAAACGGUGUUAGACCAGAGGACGCCAAAAGGCGUACAGCACAAAGAUAACGUUGAAGUGUUGUGUAAAACUAAUUAUUCCUGGCCCGAGACUAAUUCGAUAAUCUAUUGAAAUACAAAUAACUUUAACUGCUUUGACAGCUACAGGCUUAUUGCAGACUGGAAGCGUGUUACAUAAUACAUCGUACAAUCGUAUGCCCUGUAAAGGCAUCGCAUACUAAUUAAUAAAAAAACCCCCUCUGAUCUUCACUCCUGUUUGACUUACGGUAAUGAUGUCAUCCUGCUCUAUUUAAGACCAGAGAGCGGGUGGAUAGCUUCACUAUUUUGGAAAAUCGACGAAUGAUGCUGGAUGUAAUUACCAGCGAAAAGUCGUACUCUAAUUGUAAAUGUUGUUGAUUUACUCUCCAACACACUGGUGGGCUGAAGUAGCAACUAAUUAGCAGGUUUUUUUUUACGUGACAAACCUUACUGGGAGGCUGUGUCGGGUGGUGGUGGGGGGUUACGACACAUUUAUACUUACGCGAUCUAACCUAAAAAAAUUCAUUCUGAAUAAUAUUGGUCACAAAAGCCUACGUGUCAAACUACGUUCAUUCCAUCACAGAUUUCAUUUCGAUGAAUCCAGAAGAGUCUGCAGAUGAAAGAAGACGUCGAUUAAACAGAGAAAGAAAGCAGAGAUGGCGUAAUCGACAAAGUCAAGAAACACUGGAUCGUUUACGACGUGAAAACACUGAAAGAAAGUCCCAGCAACGAGCUCGGCAAACUGCUGAAAUGUCACA